AUGGUUUCCACGCAGCCUUCGUCGUUUACCGCCGCCGUGGAGGCGGCCGAGAAAUUGGUCCAGCCGCAAAACUCGCAGCUGUUCAGCGACCCGUUCUCCAUUGUAAGCCAUGAGAUGUCUAACUUGGCCAAGUCCAUUUCAAACCUCAUUGGUUCUGGCCACCCCGUCUUGAACCGUGUAUCAUCCUACUACUUCGAAGCAGAGGGUAAAAACGUCCGGCCGUUGAUCGUGUUACUCUUGGCCAAGUCGUUGCUGCAGAUUCCGCUUGAGCAGCGCAAUCGGAUAAAGAUCGAUUCUCUCGAUGUCACCGAUCAAAAACCCUUCUCUGGCACCCCGUCACAAACAGUAGUGGCCGGGAAGUCUGUGGAUGACUCGCUCUCACCGUUGAGUAUCUUAUAUGGAAUCAAUCCCAAAGUAAUUUUGGAUCCAUUGAGUAAGCCCAUGGAUAGACUUCCUGAGUUUGACGCCAUGAACGGAAUUUUGCCCAAACAAAGACGGUUGGCGGAAAUUGUCGAGAUGAUCCACACCGCAACCCUUUUGCAUGACGACGUGAUAGACUCCUCCGACUCCAGAAGAGGUAGACCUUCCGGAAACAUUGCUUUCACCAACAAAAUGGCAAUUUUAGCAGGUGACUUUCUCUUGGGAAGGGCCUCAGUGGCCAUUGCCCGGUUGAGAAACCCUGAAGUCAUCGAGUUGUUGUCGACCACUAUCGCCAACUUGGUGGAGGGUGAAUUCAUGCAGUUGAAAAACACUGUCAUCGACCCGGCUGCCGAAAACUCCAUUGAUAACGACGGAGAAUCCAAAACAGUACCAGAACCAUCAGGAAAAGUGCCCACAAAGACCCAUGAGUAUACUGUCACCAAGCCUGUGGACUUCGAUCAUGAGACCAAUGUCAAUGCUGCUUUUGAGUAUUAUUUGCACAAGACGUACUUGAAGACAGCCUCUUUAAUGUCCAAACUGUCGAGAGCUGCCGCGGUUUUGAGCGGGGCCCAGAGCGACAUCAUCGACAACUGCUACGAGUUUGGCAGAAACUUGGGGCUUUGCUUCCAAAUUGUUGAUGAUAUGUUGGAUUACACUUCAAGUGACAGUGCGUUUGGUAAACCGAGUCAAGCAGACUUGAAGUUGGGUUUGGCCACGGCUCCCAUUUUGUUUGCCUGGAAAGAAAGACCUGAGAUUGGUGAUUUGAUUGCUAGAAAGUUCAGUCAGGAAGGAGAUGUUGAAUUGGCCAGAAAACAGGUUGAAGAAUGUGAUGGGCUAGAGAAGACCAGAGAAAUGGCAAAAUUGUACUGUCAAAAAGCGUUGGAUAAUUUGAGGGUUUUACCCGAGAGUGAUUCUCGAAGUGCAUUGGAGUUCUUGACCAACUCCGUUUUGACUAGAAAAAAGUAG